AAUGCUGAUAAUGUCCGGCCGAUAAUUACUAUUUUGUUUCAAUAACAGACAACAAAGUUUACAGUUGACGGUCCCGCACUCCCGCGAUAUAGACGUUCUUACUUCUUAUACAAAUUGGCUUGUUAUCAAAACUGAAAAUAUUUAUUUCAACUUGAAACUACUUAUAAUUUCAAAAACGUCAUGUCUAUGUUUAAUUUAAGUGGUUUUACUCCGGCGAAUAACGCAGGAAAUGCAGCAACCCCUCAAUUUGGAUUUGGAACAUCGCUAGGAGGUUGGCCAUCAUCAUCAACACCAUCGACCACAACUACUUUUGGUAACUUAGGGGCCACUAAUAAUAAGCAAGCUACAAAUACACAAUUUUCUUCAUUUGGCAAUGUAGGUGCUCCAACAACUUCAUUAUCAUUUGGAGCUAAUCCUACAUUAGCAACAACUACAACUAAACCAGGAUUUUCCCUUGGUAACAAUGUAGCUUCAAAUGUUCCAUUAAAUCUUUCCUUUGGCUCAACUGCAACUACAGCUGCUACAACUGCUUCUCCGUUUUCACUUGGAACUGCAGCAUUGAAUGCCAAACCUACAGCAACUCUUGCUGGUACACAAUUGACAUUAGGAACAACUGCUAAUGUAACUACUUCUGCUGCUCCUGUUUCUCGUGGUCUUGGUGGUCUAGAUACAACUUCAAAUAUAAACCAAGCACAAAAUAAAGCUGUACCUGCUCUUGAAAUGCCUGUGCCUAAUGAAAUUUUACAAUUGGUCAAUAAUUUAAAAGAUUUUCUUAAGCAACAAAAAACAAUGAGCACUGAAUUGGCUCGCAUGUCUUCUAAAGGUUCAAAUGAAGUCGCAGGUGAUAUAACAUUGUGUCAAAAAAAUUUACAGUUUAUAGAACAUAAUUUAGAUAAACAAAAAACAUCUGUUGAAAAGUUAAAAUAUGAAACUAAUAAGUGUUUACAAGAUUUUGAAAUUGCUCAACGUAAUCAUGACCAUCCAGCAAUGGUUCAAACAGAUAUGGAAACUAAUAUCAAAUACUUUGCCGAGCUUAUCAAAUCAUUACAAGAGAAAGGAAACAUAUUAAAAAAUGAAAUUGAAAAUACUCAACAAUAUUUAGCAACAUUGCCUUAUAAUAACAAUGUCACGGUGGAUGAGUUGAGAAGAAUCGGGGAAAUGUAUUACAAGAAUGUAAUUGCAUUAGCUGGUCAUUUGCACGGUAUACACAAUGAAGUUCAAGUGUUAAAAGCCAGGCAUUUGUCUUUUCGAAGAGAAAUUUUAAAUGAUAAUACAAAUAUUUUUCAACUGAAUCAAAAUCCAAGUUCAUCUAGUUUCUUUACAUCUCGUCCGGAUACUACUGGUCCUAAUCCAUUUUUAGGGUUAAAUAUAACAGCUUCAGCAGCACUUAACUUAGGAACAUUUGGAUUAGACCAGUCUGGUGUUCUUCAAAACUAAGAUUCAAAUAGCGUGCAAUCAAAUUUUGGAUAAAACUCAUUAUUUGGAACGAACACUCAACCAAAUAAAACAACACAAAUCUAAGGUUUCUUUCCUAGCCAUAAAUAACAGUUAACAUACUAUGUUAAGUAAGAGUAUAAACUACAUUUUAUUUUUACUUAAUUAUAACUUUUAUGUUAUAUUUUGCUUAUUUUAAAAUAAACGAUGAUGCUACAUUAAUUUGUUAGCAAUGUGUUUGAUAAAUAAAUUGUUAAAACUUUAUUGUAUUCAAUUUUUUUAAGUAUAAUAAAAUAUAUAUUUGAUAGAAAAUCAA